CGGGAUGAGGGAGCUCUGGGAGACUGUGACCCGCGGCUGACGCUCGAGCCGUGACACUGAAUUCAUGUCGAGGCAGAGGAAGGAGAAGCAGUAAGUCAGGAGGUCGUGAGCGAAGGAGCUCCGCAGAACAGAACCACAAAGAUCUUUUUCACAUUUUUUUUCUCAAUUGGAACGGAUCAAAGGGACGGAGGGGGAAGAGGAAGGCGAGAGGUGCAGGUGGACAGAGAGAGAGAGGAAAGAUGGCGAGUUUUGGGAAACUCACAGACUACUUUAAUCGGCGUAAGUCUCGAGAGGAGCUGCGGGUGGGCAGGAGCUCGCGGCGCAGCGGCAGUUACUGCUGCACCGUGGCAGAGGCCAGGUCCCUGGAAAGGAAGCUGCAGAGACCCAUACUGGCCAAGUCCCGCACUCUGCCCAGCAUCCCCCAGUCGCCGACGGUCUCCAGGGUCCACCACUCGGAUCUCAUCGGUGGGAGUCCCCCCCGCAGGAGGAACCCGUCCACUGGGAGCAGCCAGGCCAAGGCCUGCACCCUGCCACCUGCAGGGGAACUGUGGCGUUUGGAGGAUGACAUGGAGGGUGAAGAUGAGCCGGAGCACGGUGGAUGCACAGAGGCCCGCCCUCGCUCCCAGUCACCAUUUUCCCAUUUCCGAGCGCGAGCUGCCUACCUCCGCAAGAGUGUCUCGGCGGAUGACCACCUGGACAUGGGCUUGGACUACGGCUCGGGCAACGCGGCCGAGGGAAAACCAACCCGCGGCACUAAGGGAAAGCUGAAGAGGAAGUUUAGUCUGGGCUCUGCAGACCGGAAGGAGAAUCCGCACAAGAAGUUGGAGUCAGGGAUCUCCAAAUUCACCCAUCGUCUAUCCUUAAAAGAGCGUCCGGUCAAAACAGAGAAGACUUCCUCAGACAGACCUCCAACGUACAGGCGGCGAUCUCUAAGUGUGGACUGGGCCGACUCUGCCAAGAUGACGCAGCCCAUGAGGGGAGACCAGGCCCACCAGCCAGCCCCAGCCCGCAAGUCAGCCAGCCUGUCCUCGCCAAGCGCGGCUCGCCGCCUAUACCGCAACUUGUCUGGAAAGUUCCGUGUGGGCACCAACCCCCCUGCCCUGGAGGACAGUGUGGUGUCAGGACGGGGAGGAGACAAGGAGAGGCUGCGCAAAACCACCAUAUUCCAGAGUUGUGAAGCUUUGUUCGAGGCCGUGGAGCACCAGGAGUUGGACUUGGUGCAGCUGCUCCUCUCCCAGUACAGUCUUGAGGAGCUGGACCUCAACACGCCGAACAGCGAGGGCCUCCUGCCCCUCGAUAUCGCCAUCAUGACCAACAACGUGCCCAUGGCCAAACUGCUACUGCGGGCCGGUGCCAAGGAGAGUCCCCACUUUGUGAGUCUGGAGGGCCGAGCGGUGCACUUGGCCACCUUGGUGCAGGAGGCGGAGCAGAGGGUGUCGGAGCUUCAGGCCCAGGUGCGGAGCGAGGGUCCCUGUGAGCGGGAGGGAUCCGACUGGGAAAGGCAGCUAAAAGCCUGGGAGUGGAGGCUCCGGCUCUUCCGACGCAUGCAGACGGGCUUCGAGCAUGCCAACCCUCCGGACGCUCCCAGUGUAGUUUGCCUGUCUGUCAGCAGCAGCACCAGUCUGACGGUGGACUUCCAGGAACCUCUUUGUGUCAACUCUGCUGUGGUUACCAAGUACAAAGUGAGCUGGAGCAACGCUCCAUCCCUCAGUCCUUUGCUGGGUGAGUCAGUGGUGGAGGACACUGAUCUGCUCCAGUACAACAUCGCCGGCCUCACGUCUGGGACCCAUUACUAUGUCCAGGUGUCAGCCUACAACAUGAAGGGCUGGGGGCCGCCACUAGUCUCCACCCCUGCCUGCGCUACGCCUUCCAGCUGGAGGGACAUCGACGGCCGCGCUCCCAGACAAAGAGGCCAGAAGGAGGCACUAGACCAGCUCCUCGGACAGAUAAAGGAAGCUCACCGCCACUGUGUCUGCCACGAACAGUGCAAAGCUCCACCGCAGGCCAGGAAGCACUCAGUGUCCAAAAGCCUGCGCCACCUCUUCCAGCCCACCAGCAAAUUUGUUAAAAGCUUGAAAAGAGGUGUCUACCUGACAACCAUCUUCUACAGAGAUGACAACGUGCUGGUGACUCCAGAGGACCAGAUUCCCAUCGUGGAGGUUGAAGAUUCCUACUCCAGUUCACUCCUGCAGGACUUCCUCUGGUUUACCAAGGUAUCCUAUCUGUGGGAGGAGAUUCCCUGGCUGCAGCAGUGUCUCAGUCCAUCCCAGUCGUCCUGCUCCUGUACUCUGCAGACACGCCUCAAAAUGCUGCAGGCCGUCUCCCUUCUACAGGGAAUGCUGGGAACCCAGGACCUUGGUCAGGUGUAUCUUGAGCCAAUCAAAGACAAGCACGGUAACGCCCUGCUGGUGCUCCUCAAGGAUAUGAGCGCCUGUCCCAACCUGGACGGCGUGCGCUGGACGCAGCUUUGUAAACUCCAGCUCCAGCGCAAGUCCAUCUCAUCCCCCGACGAGCCCACGGCCCUGGACAUGCUGCUCAUCACGCUGCACGAGAAGCUGGCGUAUCACAGACGGAGCAGGAAGCUGUUGUCUCCGGGCUUGUACCUGGGCUACCUGAAGCUGUGUACGUCAGUGGAGCAGAUUCGAGUGCUGGUGCCUCAGAAACUCCCCAGUGUCCUCUGUCACACGAAAAUUCGGGACAACAGCAACGUGUCCAGAGAGGAAUGGCAGUGGCUGCAGGCCCUCACCUCCCUUGACGAGGCGUUGGAAAUGGAUCACGACGUACAGAGUGCUCCACAUCGCCUCCUACAGGACCUACGCAGCGCGAUCAAGGGACUGAUGGCCCACAUCAAUGUCCCUGGCAAUCAGGUGCAGGACUUCCGUAUCUACAGCCAGGAAGUCGUGGAGUUCGGGGAGAAAGUGUCCUUCGUGCUCCUCCUGCCACCUUCGGAUGAAGUGUGCACAGCCCCGGGUCAGAACAACCCAUACUCCCCCCGCUCUGGCUUCCUCACCCUGCCCCUGCAGAUCUUUGAACUGGUCCACUUCAAUGCCUAUUGCCCCAGUUUCAUCGGCCAGUACUGCAGAGUGUCGUCUCUGCUGGAGCUGGAGUCCCUCAUGUCCCAGCAGGCACUGAGGGAGGCCUUCUCUGAGGCCGAGCUCCUUGUCGCUAAGAAGAAACACCAGCAAGUCCAAGAACACAUGCAGCAAAUGGAGGAGGUGUGGCGGGACGCGAGGUGGAUUAUGGAUGCCUUGCAGUAUGCCCGCUACAAGCAGACAAGCGGAGGCAUUUCCAUAAGCUGGAUCAUUGACUUCUCCAGGGAAGUGUUGCCCGACAAGCCUCCCUCCACCUCCUCACAGCCGGACUUCAUGCCCUCGCCACUGCCUUCACCCGAACCCUGCCGCAAGCACUCAGAUUUUGCUGGACUCUCAGACGAGGAGGGUUCCUCCGAGGUCUUCCUCACCACUGACAGUGACUAUGACUCCAGUCGAGCCCAGAGCCCCCGUGAGCUUGACCUGCUGCCCCCCUCGCCGCUCUCCUCCUCCGCCCCGCUGGAGCCUCGUGGCUACUUACGCAGUGAUGGAAGCGGCUCGGGAGGAGGGAUGUGUCUUGGCGGGGGUGGACGUGGAGGGGGAGCACUGGAUUCCACGCCCGACGUCCUCCAGGCCUCGGAGCUGCAGCACGGGAGGGAAGGGGAGCGGUGCGGCGUAGGGGGAGGAGUUCGAGAAAGGCGUAGGGGGGCCCCGGAGCUGUUUGACAGUGACUUCAUCCUGCCCAGCAGGCAGAUUGAGCUGUUGCACAUCACAGAGAAGAGACAGGCCUUCUGUGUGAGAACGAGCAGCCUGGAGUUUCCCUCCACCACCUCAGCCCACCAUCAGCCUUACUCCUCCCACACUAACUGCCUUUCACCCUGCACCUCGCCUCAGCGAAGGUGGCACAGGCCCUCAUCAGUGGACCGCUGUUGCUCUGCUGAGCGCUGCUUAGCACAGCUUCCACCAGCACGCACGUUAUCGGAGGACAGCGGCACCCAGAGACUCUCCUCACCAUCGCCCGCCGCCCUCAGGAAAAGCUGUCACGCCACUCUCAGAGUGUACCCACAGUAUCGCACGGGCCUGCCGAAGGAGACCAGUGUCAAGCUUUGCGUAACUUCCGGCACGUCGGCACAGGAGAUGGUCCAACUGGUGGUGCAGGAGAUGAACAUUGUAUGUCGGCGCAUGCUCGGCGGCAGCGGCGAACAGGAGCAGUGUGUCUUCUACAGUCCUGAACAGCUGAAGCACUUUGGCCUCGUGCUGGUUGUUGACAAUAGAGAAAAGUGGCUCCAGGAUGACUUCUGUCCCCUGGAGCUCCAAAACCCCUGGCUGAGGGGCAAACUGUGCGUUCGCAUUAAGGAGUAUUCGCCACUAGCACUCAAACAAAGCCGGGCCACCACAGUGUGAUGCUUCAAACGGAGAAAGAAAACAUUAAAGAGCCCAUGCCAUGUGCACAUUCUCUUUUGAUCAAUGCAUAUUAAAAUUAAGGAACUGCUACGUUUGUACAAACUGUCCACAGACUCCUAAAUUUGACUCUGUUUUCUCUCUCCAUGUGUUACAACCGCAGCUAUAACAUGUUGUCAUAUUGUCAUCUGGUUUGUUCUUGUUAUCUGAAAACGCUUUCUCCGAGAAUCUGUUUCAAUGAAAUGUGUUCUCCCGUACAGAAGACCUUUUUUUAUGAACAUCAGAGACCCUCAUAUGGACACCAAAUGAACAAUAACAAAGUGGAACAAAGAAAAUAUUUUUUUUUGUUCUGUCAGAAAUCAUCGGGGAAAAGAUUGUGAUGCUCAGCAGGAUUAAUGGAGCGUCACUUUGACUCCUGGCAUUAUCGGGCCGUGCACGUUGCCAAACUGAUGUGGGCAGCAUCUUCGCCUCCCAAGCCACACAUGGACACGAACUCUCAUAUUGUGUCACUCCCAGAGGGCUGUCGGCUGCAGCCGCCCGGCCCCAUGUUCCCAGGAUGUGGGCUCUGGACCUGGCCCAGAGGUUAGGAAGGAAGGCAGGAGUACUGAGGGGGGCUGGCGUCUCCGCUUGGGGAUGCAAUCAGCCCGACGAUUUGGCCCCUUAGACUGUCACUCAACUUCUCUUGGCCACUGUACUGUCUGGUAGUGAAGAAGCCAAGCAAGGGAGAGAGAGAUCAACAGAGAAGAAGAGAGAGGGUGAGGAAGAGGGUGGAGGCUGCAUCUUGUAGAACCUGGCACUGGCUCUCUGGUUCUCUUUUUCCUCCUUCUGCAGCAACAAAUCCUCUAUAUAGUAGACCCAGUCGUAGUGUAGCUAACUAAUAUGAUCAUUUCAUCUUGUGAAAGUACCACAAAAUAAAAACCAGGUCAUUGGGAUUUUCAAAACAUGGGGGGGGGGGGGGGGGGUACAAGCAAUACUUGACUCUUGUUGUUUGUCUUAUUGAUGGAAAAAGCAUGUAAACCUUCCAGAAUUGUACAUCUGAAGUACUGUAAGUCAUGCUGUACUAAAAGUUAACCAGUUUAGUGUUUUGUUGUGUUUAAUUCAGCGCUCCCCAGAUGCACCAGAAAAUGGUGCCCGUCAGUCUAGAGCCGGGUCUCCCACAGGGAUUCAAGUGUGAAGGGGAUGACUUAAGUUGUUGCAGGUUGUUUGCAGGCCAGACAUUUGUAAGCAAAGCCACACACAAUACUUUCCAAACUGUCUCCCACAUUGCUUCAAAAUAGGUUACAUAAGAAGGGACUUUAUCAUGAGAAAAUAUAUAUUUAUAUUUUAGCCCCAAUGACACAGGCUCUUGACACACCGCAGUGACUUGCAAGGUGGGGGUCAUUAGAGAGCCGACAGUAGGCUUGCUUUUACUUGCCUUGUUAGCUUAUCUUGUAGAAGAAGGUAUACACUGAAGAAGUUAAUUCACUGUCUAUAGUAAAACUCUCCAAAAAACAUAUUUAAAGGAGACAUAUGAUGCUUAUAUUUAGGUUCAUAAUUUCAGUUUUGGUUAUUACUUAGAAAGGUUAACAUGCUCUAAUGUUCAGUAAACACAUCUGUUUCCUCGUACUGUCCAUUCCCGCAGCUCCUCUUUCAAGCUUCUGUCUGAAACGCUUGGUUUUAGCUCCUGUCUCUUUAAGACCCCCCCUCCCGAUAAAUCCCAGACUGCUCUGAUUGGUCAACCGCUUCCAGCUCGUGAAGGGAGUUCUCUCCCUUUACCUGGCUUUGUUGGGGGCGUGCCAGAAUAGCUGCUAGACAUGCUUGAUGCACGUCCAUAACAUGACCAUCUCAAUGUUAGUAUUGGAAGUACCGGCCGGACUACUGACGAGUUGUAUCUGUCAGGGAGAGGAGUUCCUAGGGAAAAGGGAAAAACUGAAAAAGCAAAAUAUGUCUCCUUUGAAAUAUAGUCUCAUAAAACUACCAUUGGUGGGAGAAGUAUUCAUUCAAUUAUUCUAUAACCCUGUACCCUUUUUCACAAACUGAUCUUUUUUGUGCAUGAAUCAUAUCGAUCUGAAAAGUAACUAGCAACUUCCUACACAAGUGAAGUUACUUGAAAACUGCAUUUGAGUACAAUACUUUUGUAAAAUGCACCUAUUUACCUUAAAACAUCGAAAACUACCACAUCAGACCAGCUAACACAGUCCAUUAGCUCGCUUCGCUAACCCCUCACUUUUCCAAAAUCUAGCGGUUUCCUGUGACACUGUACUGACCUCAGUUACCAAAACACUGAUCCAAGCACUGCACUUUUCAGAUGAACCACAUUCAUUUUACAUACACAAUAAAUCCGGCCUCUUAACAAACUAAACCAUCCUUUCUAGCAAAUGUUUGGGAACCUGUGCCAGGUUUUGGUUUCUCUUUUUAACCAGUCCAUGCAAACAUACAGUUAUGUUUUCUCAUUCUUUUUUUUUUUUCUCCAAUCAACCGUUCUACAGUGUGUGAUUAAUGCUUUUUCCUACUCUAAAACAGUUGACCGAGCUCAGCAACGUCACACCAUUAUAAUAGCCUGCAGCAUUUCCAAAUGUAGCACCAGAAAGGUCCAAAAGAGGAGAGAUGUGAUGAGUGAAGUCAGUGGGCCUGGUGUCAGUUUCUGUAGCAUUCCAGGUUUACAGGACGAUGUUGAACCUGUGGUGGGGGGGGAGUGUUUACAGAGUUCAAUCUCCUUACACCUUCAAAGAUGUGUUUACGUGUAACUACUGUAUAAAGAUGUCUUGAGACAAACUAAUGUUAUAGGUUGUAAUUGGUUUUACUGAUGGCUUGAAAUUGUGUUAGAGCUUAAAUGUCUUCUUUAUUCACAUUGUUAAAAAGCAGUUUUUACGAGGGCCAACUGCAAAAACAGAUCACACAACCAGAAACCGACGCAUGUAAAUAGACUGUACUGUAUCUGCCCAAAAUGUGAAAGUGAGUGAGUGUGGGGGGUGUCAUCACUACAGAGGUCGAAGGUCAGUGAAGCUAUAGGCUGGCGUCUGUCUCUAGAUUGUGCAGAGGGGGGAGAUCGGGGUUUGAAUUCCCUUUCCAGUCAAAAAAUAAAGCCCCGUGUUUACAAGGAGCUGGUGGCAGAUCCAUCAGGCCGAGUCAUGAAGGAGACAUCACGUCACUUUUUUAAAAAUCUAUUUUUAUUGAACAAUAAAUGAAUAUUGCAAAAUAAAAGCC